GUGGUCUGUGGAUAUAACAACAUAACCUAUUUUUGGAACAUGUAAAAUAGCCGAAAGUCGCAAUGUCGUCAAUUCGAAAAACAAUAAUUACGAACUGUGAAAAGAAUUUUCUUAUAAAGAAUUUAUCAGAAUGGACUAGGUUAGACGGUCGAGCUUUUAAUGAAUUUCGAAAUGUAGAAAUUGAAUUUGGAAAAGACUGGGGAUGCUGCAAAGUUUCUUUAGGAAAAACUAUGGUAAUUAGUCAGGUGUCUUGUGAAUUGCAACAACCUAAAUCGUCCAGACCGAAUGAAGGUGUAUUAAACAUAAACUUAGAAUUAAAUCCCAUGGCAGAACCGAGUUUUGAAGCAGGAAGACAAUCCGAUUUAUCUUCACAAUUGAACCGUCUUCUUGAAAAAUGCAUUAAAGAUUCUAAAGCUGUGGAUUUAGAAAGUUUAUGCGUAAAAGUGAAUGAAAAAGCCUGGGCAUUUAGAGUAGAUAUAAAUGUUUUGAAUCACGAAGGAAACAUAUUGGAUUGUGCCUCUAUAGCUGCGUUGAGUUCUUUGGCUCAUUUUAGACGACCCGAUGUGACAUGUGAUGGGGAAGAAUAUAAGAUACAUAAUGUAAAACAAAGAGACCCUAUACCAACUGUUAUUCACCAUUAUCCAGUCUGUAUAACAUAUGCCAUUGUGAAAGAAGGGGAAUAUAUUUUAGCAGAUCCUACCUUAUUAGAAGAAGGAGUAGCAGAAGCCUUUUUAACGAUAGGCCUAAAUGCAUACAAAGAACUUUGUGGUCUCCAUUUAGGUGGAAACGCACAUUUAACUACUAAAGCAAUUUUAGAGACUUCAAAUAAGGCUGCAAAAAGGGCAGUUGAUUUAGUUCAAUUAAUUAAGGAAGCAGUGGAGAUUGAUACUAAUGAAAGAUUAACAAUGAAAAGUUUAGGAUUUCACAAUACUUUGGAUAAACAGAUCAGUGAUGUUCAUGUAGAUGAAUUAGGAAAAUAUCUAGAUCACUGGACUAUGGAUAAGAUUAAGAGAAAUCCAAAAAAGAAUCAAAAAGUUACAACACCAAUGGAAGAAACAGAGUCUACUGAAGAAGAGUCUGAAGAAGAUAAAUCUAUGGACGUUUCGCAGGAAAAGGUGGAAAGUAUUACAAAUCUAGGCGAUGGAACGGCAAAACUAGACAUUAGUACAGCUCAACAUGAGUGGAUAACAAUAGAAAGCGAUGAAGAAUCUGAAAAAGAAGACGAUGUAAUAAUUGUAGAACCUAAAGUGGAGACACUCAGUAUUGAUUCGAACAGUGAAGAAGAACAAGUAUUGGUAUUGAAUCCAGUUCAAAGGUCAGCCGCUAAAAAGAAGAAGAAGAAAAAGAAGAAAAAUAUUAUAAGCUGACAUUUUCCACUUUAUUAAAAAAAUCAUUUUGUAAAUACAUUUACAAAUUAUAAAAAUAAUCUUAACACAACACUUACUUAUCUAAAUUUAAACUAAAUAAAUUAAAUUAUGAAAUUGUGUAAUAAAGCUUUUUUUAUCAUAAGUUGAUAUAAAAAAUUAAUUUUUUGUCACCGUAUGAUCGAAAAAAAACGGUGUCCCGUUGGCGUUCGAUGA